AUGGAGGAGGCAGAAGACCUCAGCGAUGUGGUGCUUUCUUGGUCGAUCCAAGAAAUACUGGGAGGCGAGCAACAGGUGGAGAAAAUUCCUUAUGAGUUCAAUUCAGUUGAUCAUUAUUUCAAAUCAUUCAUUGCACCUUUGGUAGAGGAGACCCGGUCGCAAUUGGGCAUAUCCCUGGAAGCAAUCCAUAAAUCUCCUUAUUCAGAAAUAAUUUCUAUGGAGGCAGUAGGAGAUUCAAAGUUACUGUACAACAUGGAUGUGGAUGUGGGCUAUAUGAGUGACAAUUAUGUGCCAAGAAAUGGAGAUAUAUUGAUUUUGUCAAGCUUUAAACCUGAAGUAACUGAGGACUUGAUAUAUGAUGGUGCUAGUUUGGUAAUGGUGGUUCCCACUGAUGUUCAGCAUCAGAAAGAAUUGAGGAUCAAGGUUCUGAGGGAUGUUGUUACAGAACAGAAUAAAACAAAAUUCAAGUAUGCAGUGUUUGCUACAAAUAUCAUGACAAAACUACGGAUAUGGAAUGUAAUUUUCUCUCAGAAAGGGAUGAACAAUAACUUCACCAUAAUUAAGUCAAUGUUAUCUCCCAAAAAUAUGGAUGGCAAUAGCUGUGGACUCUGUGCGAUGCAAGUGGGAGACUUGAUGCCAUAUUUAAUUGAGAAACUGAGACAAACGAGACUUAAUCAAUCACAACUGCAUGCAGUGAUAACGAUCAUUUCAGCUGUGCGUUGUAAGCAUUCCAACCUUGUGAAACUUAUAUGGGGUCCACCAGGCACAGGGAAGACAAAAACAGUAAGCACUACACUCUGGGCUUUGAAAAGUUUAAAGUGCAGAACACUUAUGUGUUCGCCAACAAACAUAUCUGUUGUUGGAGUUUGUCAUCAAUACCUGCAAGCUUUGAAGGAUUUGAAUGGACAUGCUGAUACAGAUGGUUUACCAUGUUCCCUUGGAGACAUUGUAUUAUUUGGAAACAAGUAUAAAAUGGACAUCACGGAGGAGGUUCAGGAAGUUCUCUUGGAUUAUCGUGUGAAUGAACUUGUCAAAUGCUUUUCAUCAUCAUCUGGAUGGAAACACAGAAUAAAUUCAGUGUUAUCUCUACUUGAGAACUACAAUGAUCCUUUGUGCUUACUGGAUUUUUAUAAGCAGUUUUGUGCUGUAGCAAACGAUGUAAAGGAGUGCAUACUGAAUCUAUGGAUUCAUCUUCCCAGAAAGUGUUUUUCCUCAGAAGUUGUGAGCAACAUAUUGGAUCUAUUGCACCUGUUGAAAACAAUGUGUGAUCUUUUGUCCUGUGAAGAUUUUAGUUAUGGCUGUACCAAGAGAAGGUUUUAUUUUCUAUCUGCUUCUGCUGAGAAAAUUGGGUCCUCAAAGCCCAUAUCUUUUGCCAAGGACUGGGUUGAAGCAAGUUCUUACCACUUGCAUAACAUGGAGACUAAUCCAGUUGAUGUUUUAGUCAUUGAUGAGGCUGCUCAAGUUCGAGAAUGCGAAUCAGUAAUUCCACUACGCCUUCAUGGGUUGAGACAUGCUAUCCUGGUUGGAGAUGACUGUCAGUUGCAACCUAUUGUUCAAAGCCGUGUAAUUACAGCAUGCAUCCUACUUUUUUUGCUUGCUGCUCUCCAUAUUUUUAUUCAUAUUUUCUCUCUUUACUACCAGGUUUGCAAAGAAGCUGGACUUGGUGUGAGCUUAUUCAAGAGACUCGCUUUGUUGGGUUUUGAAAAGCAUCUUUUGAAUAUUCAAUACCGUAUGAAUCCUUGUAUCAGUUUAUUUCCAAAUGCUCGGUUUUAUGACAGGAUGAUAAUUGAUAGUUCAAAUGUCAAGUCCCCCACAUACAGCAAGGAUUAUUUAGACCUCCCUUUUGGAACUUACACUUUUAUAAAUAUAGUUGAUGGAAAGGAAGAGAGGGAAUUUAGUGGAAGCAGUUGGUGGAAUAUGGUUGAAGUUGCUGUUGUUCUGCAACUGAUCCAAUCAGUCUUCAAAUCUUGGCAAAAUACCAUGGGAAAGAUUACAAUUGGCGUGGUGUCACCAUAUAAUUCUCAAGUGAAUGCUAUUAAAGCUAGACUAGGUACAAAAUAUGAUAAAUGUGUUAAUUUUAAUGUACGGGUAACAUCCAUUGAUGGGUUCCAAGGUGAAGAGGAUGAUAUAAUCAUACUGUCAACAGUUAGAUCCAAUUCAAAAGGUAAUAUUGGAUUUCUUUCUGAUAACCACAGAACAAACGUUGCCCUUACAAGAGCAAGGCAUUGUUUGUGGAUUCUUGGAAAUGCAAAUAUACUAUCUAAAAGUGGGACAAUCUGGGCAGCUCUAGUUCAUGAUGCUAAACAACGUGAAUGUCUUAUCAAUGCCACUGACAAUGCAGCCUUGGCUAAGUUGGUUUUGAAAGUAAAGGCUGAGCUUGAUCAACUUGGUGGUCUACUUAAUUUUGAUUCUGCAGCCUUUUGCAAUACUAAAUGGAAGAUCAUUUUCAGCAGUGAGUUUAAAAAUGCUUUCAUGAAAUUAAAAUCAGCAAAGCUCCGAUGGGAGGUGCUACAAAAACUUGUGGGGCUUGGAUGUGGUUGGCGGAGCAAAUUCAUGAAUGUAGGCAUGACUGAUGAAUUUGGUCUUGUGAAAGUAUACAAGGUCAGAGACCUCUACCUUGUCUGGACUACCGAUUUGGAAAAGGGUGCAAGACUUUUUCAGAUAAUAAGAAUAUGGGACUUAGUGACAUUGGAACAUAUUGAAAGAAUCAACCAACGGCUUCAAAAUUUAUUUUCAAUGUACAGUGAUGAUUACAUGGAACACUGCAGAAGAGUUCACAUGGAAGGAAAGUGGGAACUGCCUAUGGUAUGGAGAGCUGGGCAUGAUGUUACCCGCCUUAAGAAGGAUUGCCAAGUUGAGACUCAGGAAGCUGGUGAUCAUGUGGAUGUGUCACAUGCUCUGGAUCACUCAAAAGUUAGUGAGAGCUUUUUGCUUAUGAAAUUCUACUCAUUAUCAUCUGGAGUAGCAAAGCAUUUACUUGUUGCUGCUGAUGGGUCUAAAGUUGAUAUCCCCUUUGAACUAACGGAAGAAGAAAAUGAGAUAAUACAGUUCCCAUGCAGUAGUUUUAUACUCGGGAGAUCAGGCACAGGGAAAACAACUGUGUUAACUAUGAAGCUGAUCCAAAAGGAACAGCAAUCUUUGAUUGCAUACCAAGGCCUAAAGUUUGAGGAAGACGAUUUAUCUGGUAUGAAUGACAACAAUAACCAUAUAGCACUUGGGGAUAUGAAGACUGAACAAGAUUUUGUAAGGCAAAUUUUUCUCACAGUAAGCCCAAAAUUAUGCUCGGCUGUAAAGAGUCAUAUUUCCAAGCUUAAAAGAUUUGCCUCUGACGACUUAUCUGUCCAUCCAAGCAGCCUAACAAUGUAUGAUAUCAAUGAUGAACUUGAAGAAUUUAAUAACAUACCUGACAAAUUUCGUAACAUACCUCAGAAGAACUAUCCUAUUGUUAUCACAUUCCGAAAAUUCUUGAUGAUGCUUGAUGGAACAAUGAGUACUUCAUUUUUUGAUAGAUUUCAUGGUGAAUUGAGAACUUGCAUUGAGGGUGGAAAGCUACAGUAUCGUACAUUGCAAGCUUAUAUUGAAACAAAGGAGGUUGACUAUGAAAAGUUCUCCCAUUCUUAUUGGCCUCAUUUCAAUGCAAAGCUGACUAAAAAUCUCGAUCCAUCCACUGUUUUUACACAAAUAAUUUCUCAUAUAAAAGGUGGACGUCAAGCUGUCAAGUCUUCUGAUGGAAAACUUGAAAAGAAGGAUUACAUCAUGUUUUAUGAUCGAAGAUUUCCAUCUUUGAGUGCUGAGAUUAGGGAUAAGAUAUACGACAUUUACAUUUGCUAUGAGAAAGAGAAGUGUAUUGCUAGGGAAUUUGAUCUUUCUGAUUUUGUCAAUAGCCUUCACAGCCGUCUAAGCACCGGCGGCUACAAUGGUGAUAUGUUGGAUUUUAUUUACAUAGAUGAGGUUCAGGAUUUGAGCAUGAACCAAAUAGCACUACUCAAGUAUGUAUGCUCUAACUUCAAGGAGGGUUUCAUUUUUGCGGGUGACACUGCCCAAACAAUAGCUAGAGGUAUUGAUUUCAGAUUCGAGGAUAUCCGUUCUUUCUUCUAUGCAGAGUUUCUCUCAAAAGUGAAACAUGAAAAAGAACUUAAUCUCAGUGAUAGGUUCCAGCUUAGGCAAAACUUCCGCACACAUUGUGGUAUUCUUUUGUUGGCUCAAAGCAUAAUGGACCUUUUGUGCUACUAUUUCCCAAUGUCAGUAGACAAGUUAAACCCAGAAACUAGCCUUGUACAUGGAGAAGGUCCUGUGCUACUUGAGUCCAAUAAUGGUGAGAAUACUCUGAUAACUAUUUUUAGAGGAAAGGAAAAUCAGCAUAGAGAGAGGAUUAAUUUUGGUGCCGAUCAAGUUAUUUUGGUUCGGGACGAUGCUGCAAAGGAACAAGUAGUUGGUCUUGUGGGGAAUCAAGCACUUGUUUUGACUAUUCUUGAGUCCAAAGGCCUCGAGUUUGAGGAUGUACUGAUCUAUAACCUUUUCAGUUCAUCUCCUUUAAGAAACAAAUGGAGAGUAAUCUAUGGAUACAUGAAGGAAAAUGGUACUAUUGCAUUACCUGAAAAAAUAUCGUAUCCCAAAUUUGAUGGAAACAAGCACUUUCUUCUUUGCUCAGAGCUGAAGCAGCUCUACGUUGCUGUUACACGAACAAGGCAAAGGCUUUGGAUAUGUGAAGACAAAAAUGAUUCAUGCCAUCCAAUAUUUGAUUACUGGAAAAAGUUGCGCUUGGUACAAGUUAGGCAACUCAAUUCUUUACGUUCUGAAGAAAUGGAGAAAAAAAGCAGCACAGAUGACUGGAGGCUACGAGGCAUCAAGCUUUUCAAUGAGAGGCAAUUCGGAAUGGCCUCAAUGUGCUUCCAAAAGGCUGGUGAUGAACACAGAGAGAAAUGGGCAAGAGCAGCUGACCAUGUAGCUAAUGGUGGGUGUCUUGUUUCGGGCAAUUGGCGGAGGGCCCAGAAAUUUUUUGUUGAGGCAGCUGAAAUCUAUGAUUCUAUCGGCAUGCAUGAGAAAGCUGCCAGUUGUCUUAUCAAAUCAAGGGACUUCAAGAAAGCAGGUUUGAUGUAUCUGGAAAAAUGCGGUUCUUCAAGGCUUGAAGAUGCUGGGGAAUGCUUUGCUAUGGCUCAGUGCUGGUUGGAGGCAGCUAAUGCAUACUUUAAGGCUAAAUGUUACACCAAGUGCUUCUCAACAUGUCUGAAAGGAGAACUAUUUGAUAUUGGUCUGAAAUUUGUACAUCAACUCGAGGAGACAGCUUCAUUUGAUGGACCUAACUCAGAGCUUAAUGACACCAGAAACAGGUAUCUUGAGGCUUGUGCUUCAUACUAUUUUCAUCGCAAAGACAUAAAGCAUAUGAUGAAAUUUGUCAAGGUUUUUGGCUCCGUAGAUAACGUCUGGGAAUUCUUAACUUCUAGGACUCUUUUCAAUGAGUUUUUAAGUUUUGAGGUGGAAAUGGGUAAUUUCAGUGAAGCUGCAGGUGCUGCAGAACUUAUAGGAAGUGUCUUAGUAUGGGAGGAUACAAUUAACUUCGGGAAUAUGACACAGCUCAUUAUCCUCCAUGUCAUAAUGAAUAGCUUGUGGAAUACGCAUGCCAAAAGGAGGUGCCACAAAGGACAUGUCGGCAAGGACCAAUUGCUGAAGAAAGCAAGAGACAUUGUGCAGAGGGUGUCAAAUUUUUACUGUUCUGCCUCUUUGGAAGCAGGUGCAUUAUUUGACCCACGUAAAUCUCUGGCUAACUUGUCAAAGAACCUGCCUGCAGGUAGUAAAAAGGGAAUUCUUUGGGUGAAUCUUUGUGCAGUCCGCUCAAUUCUAGACAUCCACCUUGUGUUCACAUCCUCUGUUUAUAAUUUUGAAUCAUCCCCGGCCUUGGAAAAUGUAAAAUGUUUACAUGACACACUAUCCAGUAACCAGAUAUCACCUGAAAGUCUGAUAUGUAUUUGGAAUAGCUGGAAAUCAAUGGUGCUGGAAGUGUUAUCGCAAAAAGUGCCAUCUCAAACAAGCAGAGUCUCUUUGCGGCAGGGCAGAAAUAGGUGUAGACUGAAUGCUAACGUUGAUGAUUUACAUAUUAAGAAUUAUUGGACCAAUGAAUUGUACACAAUUGGUAUCAGAGUACUAGAAAAACUGGAAUCUCUUGCCACAAUUUCUUCAAAGCAAGCAGUACAUCCAUAUGUCCAGGGGCUAAUUGUUCUUGCAAUAUACGAGACCGCAAAUUUCUUCACAGAGACAAAGUUCAGUCAGCCAAAAAAAGUAGGCAAGUCAAGGGACUUCUUCAUUCUUGAUGAGCGUCUUCAUAACAAAAAGGGCAAGUUCAAGAACUUCUUAGUUCUCAGUGAGCGACUAAUUUUUGAAUUGGUCUUCCUUGAUUCUGAGGAUGAAACAAAAUUUGGUCUCUUACAUAUAUUCAACUCGCCAGCAGCAAUUGAUUUACUUGUUCACUCUCUAAAUACAAAUGCCACACUCCUGAAUAGGAGGUUCACAUGCGAGCAGCUCAGAAUAGUAACUACUCUCCUGCUCCUAUCUGGAAGAUUAGAUGACAGGAUGAUUUCGAGUUUCAUGCCCUACCUCAACCGAAAUUCCCCAUGGGAACAGUUUUUCCAAUCUUUGAGGAGCUUCCUUGAUGGUGGCAGUGGUGGAGCAAGGUUGCUCCUGAGGUUGGGGAGCAUGCUAAGACCUUGUUCCAUUUCCAUUACAAUGUGGAUAUUUGAAGUGGACUAUAAUUCUCCAGUGUGCUAUGGUUACCUCAUGCAAUGGUUCAGUUUAUGGGCUUCCUCAUACAUUAAGUCUCUAUUUGUUGAGAUGGUAAAGAAAUAUCUUGGUGGAUGCCAGACUUCCUGCCAGGAUUUGGACCUAGAAUAUUCUUCGGAUGUAUACAAACCUGAACAAUGGUCCGUUAUUGCUUUGAUUAAGAAUCUUCUAUUGAAAAGAUCCAUACUCCACAAAUGGAUAUACAAGACUUCAGCUUGUAUCUGUCUUCCUAUUCUUCUCAGAUUAGUCACAGUGAUGUAUAUGAAUUCUAUAAUUCAUCAUCUGGGUGAUGUUUUGGAGGUUUCAGAUUUCCUAUUGAGGCAUGGAGUUCUCAAUGUCUUACAUCAGGAUUUCUCUGAAAAGAUCCAGCACACAAUAAAAAUGAGAUCUUGCACUGUCAGCGGCUUAAUGACUGUUUUCAUUGAUGGGCUUACAGCAAUGGGAAAUCAUCUGGCCCUAAUGGGCUUGCCUGAAGGAUCUAUAAUCUGCAAUGACUUGAUUGCUUGCAUUGUUAGCGUCAUGGAGUUGAGAACUGCUGAGAAGCAUCUGCAGUACAGGUGAUGUGUGCUUAAGUGACGGUACAGCAAUGAUCCAAUGCACGAUCAGCAGUACAUGUGGCGUGUGCUUAAGUGACAUUAACAUUGCUUUUUGGAGAAGAUUGAUGUAUAUCUAGUCAGCAAGUGCAAUCAGAUACUCAUUGCCGCCUCAACGAAUGGACAGUGAGGAUGACGGAAGUUACCUUGUUAGUCAUGGGAUCUUUUUCGCGCGGCAGCCUGUCCCGAUGAUGCCGUGGUGUAGGACUUAUAUGAUAGGAUGCAUGUAUGUGGUGUGGGCUCAGUUGAUAUAUGCAGGUUGUGUUAUGAUUUUCUCAAAAGUUUAGUUUGCUCGGAUACGGCAGCAUGUCCCGAUGAUGCCAUGGUGUGGACUUAUGAUAGGAUGAAUGUAUGUGGUGUGGGCUCAGUUGAUAUA